UUAUAAAUAACCAUCCACUCCCCUGAACACUAGAGAAAAACAUCAGUGCUGCUGGUAUCCAACAGUUUAUAGACUAUUGGCUUCUGUGGGGCAGAGAAAGGGGAGCGCGCUUCUCUCACACAGGUGUGUUUUCAGGAGCUGUCCGUGGUUCUGAAUACAACGAGACUUCAGAGAAACUUAUUCAACGUCUCAUUCGUAUUUGAUCCAGCACUCCACCACAGUAAAAUGGCUUAUUUUUAAAUGACUACUAGGUAAACAGGGGGGUGAAAGGCUGUUUGGUCACUUUUUCACUCUUUAACAGGAAAGGAAGAGAGUAAAUCCAGGCAAAGGAGUUUUUUUGUUCACUUCUUUAACUUUUUAGACUAUCCAGGAGGUGACAGUUAAAGGUCCCUCUCUCUCGCCAUGCUCCCUGCUCAGGAAGCAGCCAAAAUCUACCACACCAACUACGUGCGCAACGCCCGGGCUGUGGGCGUGCUGUGGACGGUUUUCACCAUCACCUUCGCCGUCAUCACCGUGGUGGUGUUCAUCCAGCCCUACUGGAUCGGAGACAGCGUCAACACCCCGCAGGCCGGAUACUUCGGCCUCUUCCACUACUGCAUCGGGAACGCGCUCACCUCGGAGCUCACCUGCAAAGGGAGCGCGCUGGACUUCGGCUCCAUCCCGUCCGGCGCCUUCAAGACUGCCAUGUUCUUCGUGGGGAUCUCUAUGCUGCUGGUGGUGGGCAGCAUCGUCUGCUUCAGCCUCUUCUUCUUCUGCAACGCGGGCAGCGUCUAUAAGAUCUGCGCCUGGAUGCAGCUGGCCUCCAGUACGUGCAUGGUGAUUGGCUGUAUGAUCUAUCCUGACGGCUGGGACUCAGAGCCAGUGAAGCGCAUGUGUGGCCAGCGGACAGACAAAUACACGCUGGGCAACUGCACGGUGCGCUGGGCCUACAUCCUAGCCAUCAUCAGCAUCAUGGACUCGCUCGUCCUCUCCUUCCUGGCCUUCAGCCUGGGCAACCGGCAGGACAAGCUGCUGCCCGAGGACUUCCAGGUGGAGGGAAAAGAUAAUGCCUAGACCCCCUGUGGACAGCAGAGGGAAGAGAUGGAUCAGACUUUAAGAGGACUGACAAGGCUUCAGGACGAUUAAUCAGAAUCUACAAAUAAUUUACAAGAAGUUCAUCCUGUUCUCAAAACAUCUCCACCUCCAGCCUUAAGUCUUAUCUAAAUGUUAUUUUGAAUGAAAACAACUGGAUUCAUAUUCUGUGGACUUUGGUUUCAGGCAUUUUCUCAUUAGAAGUUACCCAUGCAGAGCAGAAGCACACUGUCCUAACUGACAGCAUUACAUUUUUUUUUUUAAUAAUCAUGUCAAUAUUUGUAUGUAUUUGACAGGCAAAUAAAUAGUGUUGUGUUCAAGGACUAUUGGAGAGCAUUUUGGUG